AUGACAGAUCCAGCCGAGAAGAUCGAGGUAAAGGACCCGGUGACUUGUCAGACCAGCGACGUUGGUGUAGGGCAGGUCGAUAAUCUUGAGCCGUCGAGCUCGGAUGAGAACCUGCCGGCAGAGCUACGCAAAACUAGCGAGUUGCUCAACGCCACUUCGAGGGAUUUCAUCGAGGCCAAGGAGACUGCCAGAAUGGUUCACUCUCGACGACACGAAGCGCGUAGGUGGCUGAAUACCCAAAAGCUCGGCCUGAGUGCUCACGGACCCUCGUCACUAGUGAUGGUGCAAGUCCAUAAACAACAUUCUCGCGAUCCCAAUUUUCCCGUUCGAAUUAUUGAGAAAAUUGACGAGUUCCUCCACAAUGAAGACGUCUUCAACAGCCGUGAGAAGCACGAGCAUCUCAUUGAAGACAUGAAGACCCAGGCCGCCCUCAUCACAAAUAACUCGCCUUACGCCGAAGUGCGGUCCGUUGUCGACAACCAUGACGACCCAUCCUUGCCCGUAUCAACCAUCCGAGCCUGGAUAAUUGGAACCUUCUUUGCUUGUUGCAUUUCCUUCGUCAACUCUUUUUUCGAUGUGCGCCUCCCGAGCAUCAUUGUCAUAUCGACCGUUCCUCAGCUUUUAGCCUACCCGAUGGGCAAAUUGUUCGAGCGCAUGCUUCCGGAUGCUGGCUUCACAUUGUUUGGUGUCCGUCACAGUCUCAACCCGGGCCCGUUCAACAAGAAAGAGCACAUGCUUAUCACCAUCAUGUCGAAUGUGGCUAAGAGCGUCCCAUACACCAACUACAUUGCUUGGAUCCAGGUACUACCGCAGUUCUUCAACCAGACAUGGGCUGUCAGCGUCGGCUACCAAGUACUGAUUGCCCUGUCGACCAACUUCAUCGGCUACGGCUUGGCCGGGAUUUGUCGCCGGUUCCUCGUCUAUCCAGCGUACUGCGUCUGGCCAACUUCCCUGGUCACCAUUGCUCUCAACUCGGCCUUUCACGACGCAUCAAACGAGGCGGCAAGAGUAGCGGGCCCUUUCAAGUCCAUCUGGAAACUAUCGCGUCUAAAGUACUUUUGCUGCGCCUUCGGGCUGAUGUUUGUGUACUUCUGGUUUCCCAAUUACAUCUUUGGCGCCUUGAGCUUUUUUAGUUGGAUGUCCUGGAUUGCCCCAACCAACAUCAACCUCGCCAACAUCACGGGGAGUUCCACCGGGCUCGGACUAAACCCAUUUUCGAGUUUUGACUGGAAUGUGUGGACGUUCAACGUCGACCCUCUGAUGGUGCCCUUCUUUUCAACCUUCAACCUCUUCCUCGGCAUGUUCUUCUCCAUGUUCAUCAUCAUCGGCGUCUACUACACCAACGCCUUCAACACAGCAUACCUCCCCAUCAACUCGAACCGGCCAUUCGACCACUUUGGCCAGCUGUACAACGUCAGCUCCAUCAUUGAUGAGAGGGGCAUCUUUGACGGCAAAAAGUACGAAGCCUACUCCCCACCGUUCCUCGCCGCCGGCAACAUCGUGGUGUACAUGUUCUUUUUCGCCGUGUACUCGGCCACCGUCACAUACGGCAUCCUUUACCAUCGCCACGAGAUCAUGCUCGGGUUCCGCGACGUCGGCAGAACCUUGAAGCAGUGGCGCGCACGACUCAGACGCCAACCGGGCGGCUCAACCGGCGACACAACGAACGCUGCCGAGGACGCCAACCUGCUCGAUGUGCACAACCGUCUGAUGCGUGCGUACCCAGAGGUGCCAGAACUGUGGUACAUGAUCUGCCUGGCCAUCGCCAUCGCGCUGGGCAUGGUGGGCAUCGCCGUGUGGCCGACCAACACGACACCCUUUGUAGUGAUGUACGGGGUGGCUCUGUGUCUCGUCUUUGUCGUCCCCAUCGGCAUCAUCACCGCCAUGACGGGCGUGCAGGUGACGUUGAAUGUGUUGGCUGAGUUUAUUGGCGGCGUCUCGGUGGAGGGCAACGCCAUCGCCAUGUGCUUCUUCAAGUCUUACGGCUACGUCACAUGUGCCCAUGCGAUCUCUUUCAGCGCGGACUUGAAGUUGGCCCAUUACCUCAAGAUCCCGCCGCGUUUUACAUUUUGGGCCCAGAUGGUUCCGACAUUGGUGUCGACGUUGAUCAGCAUCGGCGUGCUGCAGUACCAAGUCCACAUUGAGAACAUCUGCACCCGCCAUGCCCCGUUUCGUUUUACCUGCCCAGGCCCCAACACGUUCUUCACGGCCGCCGUCUUCUGGGGCACGGUCGGCCCCCGCAAGAUCUGGGGCGCUGGUGGGCAAUAUGCCGUCACGCUACUCGGUUUCCCGUUCGGGGUUGCACUCGUCGCCUUCUUUUACAUGCUGGGGAGGAAGUGGCCCAAAAGCCCAAUCAUCCGGAACGCACACCCCGUCGUCAUGAUCAGCGGGGCACUGGCCUGGGCGCCGUACAACCUGACUUAUCUCUGGCCCGCCGUCCCUGUCGCAGCAUUUUCGUGGCUGUACUUGAAGAAGCGGUAUUUGGGGUUGUGGUCCAAGAUCUUCGAGAUUGAGUUGAAGUGGUGGGGGAACACCAUUGUUAGUGAGGGAUGUGAUGGCAGCGGCGAUUGUGUGCGAAAGGUUCUUCCGGAAGCAACAAUGGCUAGCGACGAUAGCCGUGUUGCUUAUGCGCAACUCGAAGGCAGGCUGCAACCGCAGCUACUAAAGGCACUCGAGAACCAUGGCUUCACACACAUGACACCCGUGCAAGAACAGGUUUUGCAGCUGCCCUACUUCACACAGGACUGCCUCGUGCAGGCCAAGACUGGCACCGGCAAAACCCUCGCUUUUCUACUGCCCGCACUGCAGAAUCUUCUUUCUGCCGAGGACCUGGAUAGGUCGUCUGUUGGUCUCCUGGUGCUAGCUCCGACCCGUGAGCUGGCCCAGCAGAUCAACGACGAAUGUGACAAGCUGACGAGCGCCUGCGACCCGCCCCUGGAAUGCCACAUCGCCGUCGGCGGGAGCAAACGCAAGACGCACAUGGACAAGUUCUUGAAGGGCAAACCCACUAUCCUGGUCGCCACCCCCGGUCGCCUCAUCGACUACCUGAGCGAGGAUGCCGCGCGGCAAAAGCUGACCAAGAUCCGCUGCGUCGUGCUCGACGAGGCCGACCGCAUGCUUGACGCCGGCUUCGCACCCGCGCUUCGCCAGAUCCUGCAGCAGAUCCCCCCCAAGGCCCAAGCCAACUGGCAGGGCAUGUGCUUCAGCGCUACCGUCCCCCCGGAGAUCCAGAAGAUGCUGCCCAUGGUGCUGGCCAAGAACCACGUGCGCCUCUCCACUAUUGAUGAGAACGAGGCUCCCACAGUGGAAACCGUCCCGCAGACCGUCUACCCCGUCGACUCAGUCGACGACAUCCUGCCCACCGUGCACUCGGUGCUUGCCUGCGCGCGUGCAGACAACCCGUCCCUGAAGGCCAUCAUCUUCUGCCCGACGGCGCGCCACGCCGCCCUGCUGUACCACGUAUUCGGCCACACGGGGGGGGCCGCGCCGCCGAAGCUGCCCGUGUUCCAGAUGCAGUCGCGCAUGUCGCAGCCGCAGCGGACGCGCACCGUCGAGGAGUUUAAGGAGACGGACCGCGGCCUGCUAUUCGCGUCCGACGUCGUUGGCCGCGGCAUGGACUUCCCGGAUAUCAACCUGGUCGUACAGAUCGGCGUACCCAGCGAGAAGGAGCAGUAUGUCCACCGCGUCGGCCGCACCGGCCGCGCGGGCAAGGUCGGCGAGGCUGUUAUGAUCACCGCGCCCGAAGAGAUGUGGUUCAUCCGGGCCAACCCGGCCUUCCCCAUCAAGAACAACGGUCCCUUCAACCACCCCAAAGCAUCCACCUACCCCUCCGCAGAAAUCAUCCGCGCCGCCCUCGCCAAGGUGCCCCUCCAAGCCAAGGAACAGGCCUACGUCGGCAACCUGGGCUUCAUCAAGUCGCUCAUGCGGCGCUACUCGCUCGAGGCCGACGGCGUCGUCGAGCUGGCCAACCGCUUCGCCACCGCUUUCGGCUGCGAAGAGAUCCCCUACCUCACGCCCCAGACCGUCGGCAAGAUGGGCCUGAGGGGCGUGCCGGGCUUGUUUGUGGAGGGGAAGGGCGAGAUACGCGGGGGGCCGCCGGGCUCGGGCCGGUUUACGGGGGGGAGGGGAGGUGGUAGGGGUGGUGGAUCGCGAGGAGGGAUGAGGAAUGGUGGUGCCGGGGAUCGGUUUAGGGGGAACAGGUCGGGUGGUGGUGACAAGUUUGGCGGUGGUGAGAGGGAUGGCGAGGAUAAGUUUGGUGGUGAAGCCAAUGGCGAGGCUGGGUUUGGUGGUGGGGAGAGGCCUGCUCGUGGCGGCGGCCGGGGAGGUCGUGGCGGUAGGGGUGGCCGGGGAGGCAACCCUGAUGGGCGCAGACGGCAAUCGCAGUGGGGCGGCGAGGAUGCGGGAAACAAUGGUGAGGAACCUAGCCGGAAGCGGGCGAGGCGGUGA